AUGAAAAGCAAGGACAAUAGGAUCAAGCUUAUGAAUGAGGUGCUGAACGGCAUUAAAGUGCUUAAACUCUACGCAUGGGAACUGGCGUUCAAAGACAAAGUGUCUGACAUCCGAGAGAGUGAAUUGCGUGUGCUUAAGAAGACUGCUUACCUUGGUGCUGUGUCCACCUUUACUUGGGUCUGCGCACCAUUUUUGGUUGCCCUCUCCACAUUCGCAGUAUAUGUGUUAGUGGAUGAACAUAAUAUUCUGGAUGCACAGAAGGCAUUUGUUUCUCUGGCCUUGUUCAACAUCCUGCGCUUCCCUCUUAAUAUGUUGCCCAUGGUCAUCAGCAGCAUGGUGCAGGCCAGUGUGUCUAUGAAGCGCCUGCGUGUGUUUCUGUCCCAUGAGGAGUUGGAUGAAGACAAUGUGGAGCGGCCAGCCAUCAGUUCAU